UGUUUUUGUUUGUUUGUUUGCUUUUUUCCAGUAACUCCUUAUUUUAUUUAUAUAUGUAUUCGUAUAUAUGUAUUUGUAUAUAUGUAUUUGUAUAUAUAUAUAUAUUUAUUAUUAUUUUUUUCUUUCCCGUGGGAAGUGUUCUUUGGGAAAUGAAGGCGUUCUUGCGACUCCCUUCCCAUGGGAGACAGGGAAUGGAUAGCAGUAGUCGUAUGGAAAACUAUUUCGUGUCUAUGGAAAUGGAAAAAAAAAAUCCUACGGCUAUUACAUACCCGCCCAGGACAGGGAUGAAGGAUGUCAGAAAAACACGUGUUUAGCAAAAAGCAGGAAUGGGGACAACUCCCAUAUUUGGGGAAGAGGGAAGAACCAGGAUUAGAUACCCUGAGAUAGUGUAGUCUCUAAAGGCUUAUGGGGCUGAGUUCGGGAGUUGUGUGUCACGGCUGGUCUUCAUCGCUGCCGUGAGGGCUGCUCGGGAACUGGGGGCCCUGAUUUCUGUUGAGGGAGCUCCUCCGCAGCUUUGGGUGCCCUGUGGGUGUCAGCAGCAUCACACCCGGGACAGUCCAUCUCCUGGUCCAGCUCCCUGGCACCAGCCCGGGGUUGGAAACAGUAUUGGGGCCACCGCUGAAGAUGGGAAGGUGGGCAUCUGCCUGGGCUCCGGCAUUCACGGUGCUGCUUCAAGGAGCAAGUUUAUCCCUGAGCAGCCGCAUGAGGACGGGAAUGGUCCGUCCCUUAUCCAGAGAAAUUGCUAUGCUUUUUAUUUUUUUAUUUUUUUUUUCCCCCAAAGAUAACGACCAGCAGGUCCCUGAACUUUGCCGAGUUUUAAGGGCCAGUAUUUCAGCCUCUCCGCGUUAUCUGCUCGCAGCCUUUCUGAGCUAGUUAUUCAGAUUGAGAAGAAAGGCACUUGUUUGGGACACGCUUAUUCUGUCCCUGUCUCUCUCCCGCCAUCAUCGCUCCCCCCGCUUUGUGUGUCCCAAACACCGCACGGACCCCGUUCCCCACCAGUCGUUUCACCCCUGGGCGAGUUUCUGCACUGGACACUCUCCCCCUUAGGCAGGACAGCCAGGGCAGGCUCAAGGAGCACAAAACAACGACACUUCCCUGCUUUCCCCCGGCAGAUUUGGCGGGGCUGUCCCUAAAGAUCUUCCCAAAAUGGUACAUAGGUGCGGUUGGGGGCACAGGGUGUCCUGUCCUCUCUGCGGGGAAGGUCUGGGGUUUCUUUGCCCUCUCCAUCAGCUGGAGGAGGCUGAGGGGAGCCUUCCAAAACCGGAGGAGAGGGAGAAGGAGAAAGCGGAGUCCAGCGAGAGUGGGACUGGGGGCUCCAGCUGCUUUUCUGAGCCCUGAAUUGACCAUAUGUAUUUUCAGAGGAAUGCGACCCAUUCAUCACUGAUUCGAGAUUAUACUAUGAAAGAGUCCUUCCUGCUUGCCGAGUGGGAAUGAAAAUAGUUGUUUAAGCCUUUCUUUUUUUUUUAAGGAUGCUAUUGGGAAGUAAGGCAAAACAAAGAAGGUGGAACCAGCGGGACAUAAAGCCCUCCUUUCUACAGCCACAGAAACAGUUUUUUAGUGGGUGCAGGGCGACAACCUGGGGUCUGGAGUCCUUGUAAUAAAUAAGAUGGGCUGAAGGAGAUGCCGGGUCCUGAAAAGUCCCAGUGGGGCCAGCUCUUGACAGCCCGCACAGGGAAUUAACCGGGAAGUCCCUGCUGGCUUUAUCCAAAGCCUGUUGAAAUGACUGACAGCCUUCCGGGUGAGCUGGGGUCCCUGGAUCUGUGGGAACCUCCGCCUUCCUUGACAUCGCUGCUUAAAUCACCGGGACACCGGGAGGUGUUAAUGAGCAUCAGAAGUUAUCUGCUACUCUGCUAUUAAAUUCCUAUUUCUAUAAGUUUGCGGGGGGGGGGGUGUGUCUUAAAGAGAAUUACUUAAGGCAGGACAAAGCUUUGAGGCGAGUUCUCCUCUGGUUUUAUGCAAUGAUUUGGGAAGAUGGGUUGCAAAGCAGCAAUUAUGGAGGCCCCAGGGGCAUCUAGGAGCUAAAGUGUCCCUGGGGAGGCAGCUCUCGCCCCCCGGGACAGGCAGAGAGAUACGGUGGGUGGUGGGAGCAGUACGGAGAUGCUCUUGGAAAGGACGGAGCCUCGACACCAUCGGGUUCCACAGAGUAGAGGCCGCAGACAUGUGGCUUCCAAAAGAACAUGCCGUUUUCCACUUGUCUCUCUUUUCUUUCCACUUCUUCAUCUCUGACCUGAAGCCAGGUGAAGCUGCUCCCGGUGUCCCAGCGGAAAGUCCCGGCACCUGCCGCCCUCUCUGCGCCGUUUCAAAGAGGAGCUGCUAAAUUGAUAUACGUUGUGAUUAAGUUACAAAAGACGCACCCAUCAUUAACCAAUUGACGUGAUAAAUGCUUUCUGACCACCUGCAAAGCGAGGGGAUGUUUUUCAAGUUUCAGAUCCUCCUGCACGACAGGAGGGAGACGGAAGAUUAAGUAAUACAUUGUUUAGAAGCAGAGUGCUUAGCUUAUGUUUAACUAAUAAUUAAUAGAUGUAAGUAAGAAACUAAACAAUUAUAACAUCAUCAAUUACUUCUUAGCAUAGAUUUAUUUUAUGUCAAAUUUUUCGCAAAUUGUAAUGCAUAUGUAAUCAUUAUGUGAAUAUAAGCAACGCAAGAGCGUCCAGUCUUUGGAGCGCUUAUGGAGGAUGAUCCCCAGCGCUGAUAAAAUAAAGAAUGCCGCUUCACAGUAUAACUGACUCUGCUAUUAAGUUUAUUUCCCCGCUUCAAUUUGGUGGGGCUGAGCCGGUACCUAAAAUCAGCAAUUAGUAAUAAAAUCAGUGCCCGUUCCGCCACGCUGAGGCCACCGCUCUCGCCCGGCCCCGCUCCCGCCUCUCCCGCCCGCGGGGCUCUGGGGCUGCCCGGCCGUUUUCACGCCUCACUGGGUCUGUGAGGGAGGAAGACGAGACGGUGCUCGGCCCUCACGGGGGCUGCAGCGGGUCCUUCGCCGGGCUUUGGGGCUCCUCCCGGGUUUACACAAUGAGUGACAGACUUCUGAGCAACUUGCACAAACUUCUGCUCGAGUUUGUUUUCCAGCUAGAACAAAUUUCUUACGCUAAGGAAUAUGAGAAGCAACAGAUAAAAUUGUAUACUGAAAAAAUCAAGGAGAAAAAGAGUGAAAUCGAUAGGUUGCAGGAAAAUAUAAAUAACGCCAAUGAUGCAAUUGCUGAUUUGCACAAGCAAAACGAGAGUAGUAAGGAGAGUUGUAAUGCCUGGAAGCCCACCUAUGCCAUUCUUAGCAAGCAUGAAGAAUAUUUGAAAAAUGAACUUGAAGCUUUACAAGAAGAUACAGAAAAUGAGAGGAAAAUGUAUGAGGAUUACAUAACCCAGUAUAAAGAAGUUUUGAAGCAACACCGUGAAAAAUAUGCAGAAAGUCCUCUUGCACAGGAGUAUUACAAAAAAAAGAAGGAGCUUGAAGAAAUCCAAAACAGAAUUUUGAAACUGUCUGAAAAAUAUAAAUUGAAAGAGGAUGCUUGCUUGGAUAUUCAGGAGGCUGUUCCUUUUAAAUCAUUAAAUGACUGGGCUUUACAUAUUGCUUCUUCGAGGCAAAAAACGCAGGAAAUGUUAAAGCUCACAGCAGCUGCUGCGCAAGAAUCCAUUGAACUACAGAAAGAAGCAGACGAAUUAGAGAUGAAAAUUAAUUAUUUAAAAAAGACAUUUGAAGAGACUACAGAAGACCAAAAUAAUUCUGAUAUUAUUGAAGGAAAGAAUCAGAAAAGUCUAGAGAAGCCAAAGGAGUUUAAAGAAAGGGCAUUUGAAGAGAGCAAACAUCCAUCUUUGCUAAAUGAGAAACAUCAACUGUAUAAACCAUUACAUGUCCCAAGCAUUCCUCGGAAAUUAGUCCAGUCCGUACAGACUAUUAGAUUCUCAAUGCAACAAACAGAAACAGGGAGAAAAGAAAAAGAAAAACCUAUGGAACUUUCAGUGGCCACUGGCAGUUCCUCCAGCCUUGCAGAAACUUCUUCUCAGAUGGUUAUUGACACUGCAGGGACUAAUAACCCACAAAUUGCCCAAGUUCCAUCAAUAGCAAGCUUACAAAACCAAAUGCAAUUCAGACUGGUAAUACCUCCAAAGCAGACAACUUCUAAUCAACAGUUUGAGAAUGAAAAUGCAGUAAUAGCAAACCAAGAGGCCAAAAGUGGUGAUAAAGAAGUGGAAGAUGAGCCAAAGGAUUCUUCGUAUAUACCUCAAGACAUGCACACAUGUUUUGACUCAAAUGAAGAUAAUCCUGACACAGCAGAGGAAAGCACAGAACACUUUUUAAGAGCACCUAAAACACCUGAGUUUGUAGGAACGCUGGACUCAAAGGGGAAGAAAACCCAGUUCUCAAAAACAUCUCCUUUUGACUUCAUUCAAAAUUUAGGUUGUGAAGAAGGAACAUCAAAAUCUCCUGCUUUCUUUUCUCUCAUGAACUUCUCCCAGAAGUCACCUGGCUUUAAUUUGUUUGAUUCUUCUGUGUUUGGGGCAGAAAAUUCAUCUGACGAGAUAGAGGAAGGUUAUUCUGUGGGAAACCUGAACCCUCUGUCCCCCCAGAAAGAUAUUGGAAGCUUGUUCGGGAAAUCAGAAAGUGAGGAUGCAUUUGCCUUUCCCUUCCCCUCGGAAUCGACUUCUCCUGCAUUUGGAGAUGGAAAAGAUGACUUUAGUUUUCCAUUUGCAUUUGGACAGGAUCAGAGAUCAUCACAGUCUCCUUCUGUGAAAGGUUUUCAUUCUUCCUUACAAAAUACAAAGCCAUUUACAUUCUUUUGAAUACCUUUGACUUCCUUUUAAAUUCCUGUGCUACUUAGCCUUGACAAAUGUUUUCAGUUUCUUAAGUUAAAGUACAAAGCAUUUCAUCUUCUCCUUUCAUUUCAUGUAAGAAUACAUGAUUGCAGUUGCUGCGAGAGCAUGUGUGUGUUCAUCCAGCACACAUGCGUUAAGAUGCAGCUUUUCUUUUUCUCAUGUAUUUUCUGAAUAUGUGGUUUUCAUAAAAUGUUAUGAUAUAUUCUCACUAGACUGGCAUUUACAAGCAGUAGAAAUAUCAUUUUACAGUAGUGUGUUGAGUUAGUUCAGUAUCUGUGAGAGACCAUCUAAAUUUCUAGAUGAGUACUAUCAGCCUCUGGUAGAAACUAAAUAACUUGUAGAGAAAGUGUUGGUAAGAGAUGCUGUUUAUUGUAGCAGUAAAAGCUGAAUUUGAGUUAAGGACAAUGUUCUUAACCUAGCUGUUAUAUACAGAAUAUUCAUAAAAUUUUUGAAAUAAAAAUGUGUUGUUAAUUUUC